GGAAAUUGAGUUGCCAGUGGAGCCUGGUAGAGUUAGCGUCGUAAUUAGAAACAGAGAAGUUCCAAAAUGGCCGUCGGGGGCAUGGCCGUCGAAACACCUGGCGUCGAUGGCAGGAUAACGCUCUCCGUCGUCAUUACUUGCAUCGUUGCCGCCUCCAGCGGACUCAUUUUCGGAUAUGACAUCGGGAUUUCAGGAGGGGUGACUACAAUGCCGCCAUUUCUGGAGAAAUUCUUCCCAAAGAUACUGAGGAAGAUGAUGAGCGCGGACAUAAAUAUAUACUGUGUGUACGACAGUCAGGUGCUAACGUUAUUCACGUCUUCGCUCUACCUGGCCGGGCUAGCGUCUUCACUGGUAGCGAGCCGAGUGACGGCGGCAUUUGGUCGGAGAAGCACCAUGAUCUUGGGUGGCUUCACUUUUCUUGUCGGCGGCGCCCUGAAUGCAGGUUCUGAAAACAUUGCCAUGCUCAUCUUGGGUCGCAUCUUCCUGGGUAUUGGUGUUGGCUUCACUAAUCAGGCCACUCCGGUAUAUUUGUCGGAGGUGGCGCCGGCCAAGUGGCGAGGGGCUUUUAACGCGGGGUUCCAAUUCUUCUUGAGUCUGGGGGUGGUGGCGGCCGGCUGCAUUAACUUUGCGACGUCCAAGCGCACUUGGGGCUGGCGACUUUCCCUUGGGCUCGCCAUAGUGCCCGCCGCCGUCAUGGCCCUCGGCGCCUUCUUCAUAUCAGACUCUCCCAGCAGCUUAGUUGAACGAAACAAGAUAGACCAGGCCAGAAAAGCACUGCUCCGAGUUAGAGGCUCCGAUACGGAUGUUGAACCUGAGUUACAAGAACUCGUCAAGUGGUCCGAAGCUUCAAAAGUCAUCAAGCAAGAGCCUUUUCUCUCCAUUCUGCAGAGGCAGUAUCGACCUCACCUGGUGAUGGCCAUUGCCAUCCCCUUUUUCCAGCAGCUCACUGGCAUCAACAUCGUCGCAUUCUAUGCGCCUAACCUCUUCCAGUCUGUGGGUUUCGGAAAUGAUGCCGCUUUACUUUCCGCCAUUAUAUUGGGAGUCGUCAACCUCGUCUCUGUCCUCGUCUCCACCGCCAUUGUAGAUCGGUUUGGUCGGCGAGUCCUGUUCAUAGCAGGCGGCAUUCAGAUGUUUCUCUUUCAGAUUGCGGUGGCCAUUGUGCUGGCAAAAACGACUGGCACGCACGGGGCAGAGGAAUUAUCAAAGGGGAGCGCUAUAUUGGUGCUGGUGUUUCUGUGCCUGUACGCUAUUGGUUUCGGCUGGUCCUGGGGACCUUUGACGUGGCUCAUCCCCAGUGAAAUAUUCCCCUUACGGAUAAGAACAACUGGGCAGAGCAUAAGCAUUGCCAUCAACUUCUUGACCGUAUUUAUUUUGUCACAGACGUUCUUGACCAUGCUGUGCCACUUCAAGUUCGGUGUUUUCUUAUUCUACGGGGGUUGGAUUUUCGUAAUGACCGUCUUUAUUAUAUUUUUCUUGCCCGAGACCAAAGGAAUCCCUUUGGAUUCCAUGUAUACAGUAUGGGAGAAUCACUGGUACUGGCGCCGCUUCGUUCCCGCCUCAGAAAGUAAGCCAACACCAUAAUAUUGGUCACCAUCUACAUAUAACGCCUUAGGUCUUGUGUUUAUUUUUCAUGUAAUGUUACCAUUAGAUUUCUCUCUUCUUGUUUUGUGGCUCAGGUAUUUAUUUGUCUACAAGUUUUUACCUUAAUAAACGUUAUUUGUUUGGCACCAGAAAUGAACUAGACAUGUUGGUUUGUUGCCCA